AUGGAUUGUCUCCGACCUAUGCUUGCGUUCUUCCCGAGGAUCUUGAAUGCUAACAAUCGCCGAAAGACUAAGCUUCUCAAAGAGCCUAGCAAACCUAGCAUCAUGGGACAACAAGGCCCCCCAGCGGGAGGAUCCCGAAAGAUCUCUUUCAAUGUUUCCGAUCAAUAUGAGAUCCAAGAUGUCAUCGGAGAAGGCGCCUACGGUGUCGUCUGCUCCGCCAUCCACAAACCCUCCGGCCAGAAGGUCGCCAUCAAAAAGAUCACACCAUUCGACCACUCCAUGUUCUGUCUGCGAACACUCCGUGAAAUGAAGUUGCUCCGAUACUUCAACCACGAAAACAUUAUCUCUAUCCUCGACAUCCAACGACCUCGGAACUAUGAAAGCUUCACUGAAGUCUAUCUGAUUCAAGAGCUGAUGGAGACCGACAUGCACCGAGUCAUCCGUACACAAGAUCUCUCAGACGAUCACUGCCAAUACUUUAUCUACCAAACCCUGCGAGCCUUGAAGGCAAUGCAUUCAGCCAACGUUCUCCACCGAGACUUGAAGCCAUCGAAUUUGCUUCUCAACGCCAACUGCGACCUGAAAGUCUGCGACUUCGGUCUGGCCCGUUCGGCCGCUUCAACUGAUGACAACUCCGGUUUCAUGACCGAAUAUGUGGCUACACGUUGGUACCGCGCACCCGAGAUCAUGUUGACAUUCAAAGAAUACACCAAGGCCAUUGACGUGUGGAGUGUCGGCUGCAUAUUGGCCGAGAUGUUGAGCGGAAAGCCUCUCUUCCCAGGAAAAGAUUACCACCACCAGCUGACCCUCAUCCUGGACGUUCUUGGCACACCAACCAUGGAAGACUACUACGGCAUCAAAUCCCGCCGUGCGCGCGAAUACAUUCGCUCCCUCCCCUUUAAGAAGAAGAUUCCCUUCCGCGCAAUGUUCCCCAAGAGCAACGACAUGGCCUUGGAUCUGCUCGAGAAGCUUCUUGCAUUCAACCCGGCUAAGCGUAUCUCUGUCGAAGACGCCCUGCGUCACCCCUACCUCGAGCCCUACCACGACCCCGAGGAUGAGCCCACCGCGCCGCCUAUUCCAGAUGGAUUCUUCGAUUUCGACAAGAACAAGGAUGCUUUGAGCAAAGAGCAGCUGAAGCGUAAGCUCCCAUUCUCUCAUGUUCAGGAAUCUUGCUAA